GAACUCGACUCGAUAUUUACUUCGACAAGAGUUUAUUUUGGAUAGACUCCUUCGGAAUGAACACAUGGCGCGGCCUUAAUCACCGCACUCUGCGGGCGAACCUUCCAGUCCGACUUACUUCGACUUUUCAUAAACCGGCCAACAUCGCAUCAUUACUAAAGUCGUCUGCCGAAAGCUCGGCGGAAUCCUCACCAGAGAUUGAAGUCAAUGGAUAUGUGCGGACUAUCAGAAAACAGAAGCGCAUAGCUUUUGCUGCUGUCGGGGACGGCUCGUCUCUGCAACCAGUCCAGGCUGUCUUGACGCCGGAGCAAGCUUUGUCUUUGUCUACCGGUGAUUCCAUCAACCUUCGUGGUAAAUGGCAAAAGUGUCCUCCAGGCAAAGCUCAAACGCAUGAACUGCAAGUAACAGAAGCCACAAGACUGGGAUACAACGACGCUACCACAAAUCCAAUACAGAAGAAGUAUCAGAGCCCGGAGUUCCUCAGAACAUUACCACAUUUACGAUCUCGCCUCCCCUUCAACGCACUUGUACUUCAUCUCAGAUCACAAGUCAUUGGCAGCAUCACGAAUUUCUUCAACAAAGAAGGCUUUGUACAAACGCAUCCGCCGAUCAUCACUUCCUCAGACUGCGAGGGUGCAGGCGAGGUCUUCACAGUAUCCUCCAACGCUUCCAAGGACAGCGAACAAAAGUCCGACGACGGCGAAGUCGAGCAUUUCUUCAGAUCGCCAAAGUACCUCACGGUGUCAUCGCAACUACAUCUCGAAGCUUUAGCGCAAUCUGUCGGAAAUGUCUGGACUCUGUCGCCAACCUUCAGAGCUGAAAAGAGUGACACGCCUCGCCAUCUCAGCGAAUUUUACAUGCUAGAAGGCGAGAUGACCUUCGUGGAUGACGCCAAUCAGGUCAUGGAUGUGAUCGAGAACAUGCUAUCGACCAUGGCGAGAGAUUUGCAAGGAUCUCAUACCGUUCAGCAAAUAUUGCAAGCAAAAUCAACACAGACCUCGGAGGAAGCAGCAGAAGAAGGUGCAGUUACAGCAGAAGAGCUCUCACGCCGCUGGCAAGGCAUGGCCCAGUCCGACUGGCCACGAAUCCAAUACGCCCAAGCCAUCGAAACACUGGAGGAAGCCAUGAAGCAAGGCACAGUCUUCCAUUUUACACCAUCUUGGGAAGAAGGUCUUCAAGCCGAACAUGAACGCUUCCUCGCCGAGCACUUUGGCAAAGGCCAACCCGUUUUUGUUACUGACUACCCGAUUGAGCAAAAGCCCUUUUACAUGUCAAAGACACCGGGUAGGGACCGCACAGUCGCUUGCUUCGACCUUCUCGUCCCCGAUCUUUGCGAAUUAAUUGGUGGUUCGAUGCGUGAGCACGAUCUCUCUGCCAUCCAAAAAGUCAUGCAAGAACGCGGUAUGUUACGUACCUUGACACCAGAACAACAAGCCGCUGGCGAGAGCGAGAUUCCGGACCACAAGCUCUACGAGGGAAAACAUGCAGGCACACUUGACUGGUACUUGGACCUCAGACGCUACGGAAGUGUUCCUCAUGGAGGAUUUGGAUUGGGCUUCGAUAGGUUGUUGUGCUAUCUGGCUGGUGUGGGUAGUAUCAGGGAUGUGGUUGCUUUCCCUCGAUGGUAUGGGCGCUGCGAUUGCUAGAACAUGGUUAUGGGGAGGUUACCUAUACGUGAUCGAUUUCGCAUAGAGCAUGCCUAUCUAGACCCUCUUGUACAGUACGAUCUUGCUAUUCCCGGACAGAGCCGCGUGGACAAUAAUCUGCAACCCCUUCCACGAAGGUGAUUUGAUCUAGGAUCCGGUCUCGGAGAUGCGGAGGAUCAGUCUAAACACUCUUCUCAAAAC